UGUUAAAACCUUGGACCCUAAACCCCGGUCUCUCUCUCCCUCCCUCUCUCUCUCUCUGAAGCUCCUCCAUUCUCUCUUCCUUCGUCGUGCCCGACUGCCCGUUGCGCAAAUUCAUAGUCUCCGAGCUCGCCUCUACCAAGUCCGAAUCAUCGCCACGCAAACUCUUGAGUAAGUCGAUGCUUUUGAAGUGUGACUGACUUCCCUGUAAAGAGAGGAAAAAGCAACUAUGGCUUCUAGAGCACUUUUAAGGAGAAGAAUUGUCUCUGAUUACCUUGCUGCCCGCUCUAUUUGGGGUUUUCAAAAUCUGUCUCGUGUCCAGUCUACUCAACAUGUGGAUUCUCAUGGUCGGAGCUGUGGUGCAAAUUCUUAUUUUGGAGAUACUGGCUGUGCAGAGGACCGGGGUGUCAUCUUACCUGCAAAAGAAUAUUUGCUGAAUUUUUCAGCAUUAGGACUCUUUAGGCAUAGAUAUUAUGGAACUAAGGUAUCUGAUUAUGUUUAUGGGAGGCCACAGUUUAUUUCCCCCACAGGGAUGAAGUUGCUGCCACAAUCUUUACGUUUUGCUUCCACAGCCACAGCUGGUCAACCUGAUUUGGGUAGUGAAGAUGAAGAAAAUGAACAAGUGGUUGCUAAAAAGAGAAAAGAAGCAUCUCCAGAAGAAUGUGAUCAAGCUGUUGAAGGUCUGAGUACUGCAAAGGCCAAAGCUAAAGCAAAAAGAUUGCAAGAAUCUGAGAAGGUUACUACAUCUGGUCUACAAGGAGUAUGGGCCACCCUUCUAGGGAUUGGUCCAGCUUUGAGAGUCGUGUCUUCUAUGAGCAGGGAAGAUUGGGCCAAGAAAUUAACUCAUUGGAAGAAUGAAUUCAAAUCAACAAUGCAACAUUAUUGGUUGGGCUCUAAGCUCCUGUGGGCUGACAUGAGGAUUAGUUCAAGAUUGUUGCUUAAACUUGCUGGUGGGAAGAAUCUCUCUAGGAGGGAGAGGCAACAGCUAACCCGGACCACAGCUGAUAUAUUUAGGCUAGUCCCUUUUGCAGUUUUCAUCAUUGUUCCUUUCAUGGAAUUCUUGCUUCCAGUUUUCCUGAAGUUAUUUCCCAACAUGUUGCCAUCAACAUUCCAAGAUAAAAUGAAAGAACAGCUUUUCAUCCCUGCUCAAGCCAGUAAGGAAGCAUUAAUAAGGAGGCUGAAUGCAAGAAUAGAGUACGCAAAGUUUCUUCAAGAAACUGUUAAAGAAAUGGCAAAGGAAGUUCAGAACUCACGGAGUGGAGAAAUUAAGAAAACAGCUGAAGAUCUCGAUGAAUUUUUGAAUAAGGUUAGAAGAGGAGCACGUGUCUCUAAUGAAGAAAUUUUGGGGUUUGCUAAGUUGUUCAAUGAUGAACUUACUCUGGAUAACAUUAGCAGGCCUCGGCUAGUGAACAUGUGCAAAUAUAUGGGAAUCAGUCCUUUUGGAACAGAUGCAUAUUUGCGUUUUAUGCUUCGGAAAAGAUUGCAAUGGAUUAAAAAUGACGAUAGGUUGAUACAAGCUGAGGGCGUGGAGUCUCUUUCUGAAGCCGAACUUCGUGAAGAUUGUAGGGAGCGAGGCAUGCUUGGAUUACUUUCAGUUGAGGAAAUGCGCCAACAGCUCCACGAUUGGUUGGAUCUAUCUCUCAAUCACUCUGUACCUUCUUCCCUUCUGAUUCUGUCCAGAUCCUUUACUGUCUCUGGAAAGCUAAAGCCAGAGGAAGCUGUUCAAGCAACACUGUCUUCACUACCAGAUGAGGUUGUGGAUACUGUUGGUAUCACAUCAUUGCCAUCUGAAGAUUCUCUUGCAGAAAGGAGGAGGAAGCUGGAGUUCCUUGAAAUGCAGGAAGAACUCAUCAAGGAGGAGGAAGAGAAAGAGGAAGAAGAGCAAGCCAGGAUAAAGGAAUCUACAGCUGAACAGGAGGAUGUGGCCUUGAAAGAGAUGGCUAUUCCAACAGCAAAGGAAGCACAAGAGCAAGCGAGAGCAAUAACUCUGGAAAAACAGGAGCAGCUUUGUGAACUCAGUCGUGCUCUGGCUGUUCUAGCUUCUGCAUCUUCAGUCAGUAGAGAGCGUGAAGCAUUCCUAAGGCUAGUCAACAAAGAGAUUGAACUCUACAAUAGCAUGGUAGAGAAAGAAGGUGCAGACGAACAAGAGGCCAUGAAGGCAUAUAGAGCUUCCCAUGAAGAAAGUGACCUGACUUCUGAGGCUGCCGUAAGCAAUGAGGUGUCGUCAGCACUCAUAGAUAGGGUUGAUGCCGUGCUUCAAAAACUUGAAAAAGAAAUUGAUGAUGUGGAUGCUAAAAUUGGUGAUCGGUGGCGGCUGCUUGACAGAGAUUAUGAUGGCAAAGUGACUCCAGAGGAGGUUGCAGCUGCUGCGAUGUACUUGAAGGAUACUUUGGGCAAAGAGGGGAUUCAAGAACUCAUUAGCAACCUCUCCAAAGAUGGAGAAGGCAAAAUUCUUGUUGAAGACAUUGUGAGAUUGGGCAGUCGAGUUGAAGAUUCCAGUGCAGCUGAAGUCGGGGGGAGAUAAGAGAAUAGCAUCAUCUCAGUAGUAUUCACUUUAGACUAGGUUUGGAGGUAGUCUUUUUGCUAUUAAUCACAGUGGCCAAUAUAUUUUAGGCAGCGAUAUAUGCAUCUACCCAUCAUAAAGAUCGAGUUUGUGAUUCUUUCUAGCAGAGUAUUGGAAAAGGUUUGUCGGUAAGGGCUGUAAAAAUGAUCAUGUAGCGAGUGUUGUGCCGGAACUGAAAAGAUCAUCAUGUAGCGUAGCGACACACAGGUUUCGAGUUCUUGGCCUCAAUGGUUGUAUAGUAGUCUGUACAUGACACAAACAAUCGUUUAUGGAUGCUUCAUAUCAUGCCCCCUAUGAUCUACUUAGUAAUAUGGAAAGACCUUCUAC